AAAUACAAAGUACAACUUGCCCGGGAGUGCCAAGGGUGUGUGUGUGUCCUUCCUCCCGGCGGCCGAUUAAUGAACAGCCAAUCUCUUGUUACUGAAGGCGAACCAAAUGAACGCUCCAGCUGGGUUAUGGAGCUCUAUUAAACAUAGUUGCUAUUCCAAGUUCGAAUCCAGAAAUAUUUAAUAACACUAUCUUCCUCAGACCAAGAGUCUCUUCAAUUCCUUGAACCUCUCUCUUUUUUUUUAUUCAAUAUCGAAUCGUUAAACAACGCGGGCGUCCUUUGUCCAUCUGCGUUGUUUUCUGCUCUUUGUGGAUCAGAGUUGAUUGAUUCAACUCAGAAAACAAGGAGGACGCAUUUCUAGGGAAUUAUUUCUAACUGAGGACGCCGUUGUAGGUGAACCGCCGACGUGAUAUACUUGUGAAGGCGCCGCUCAAGAUGAUCCGAAUAUCAUUCCUCUGGACACUUUUUCUACUAGCAUUUCUUUCAAAGACUUCCCAGUCUCGUGCCUUCCUGAAUCGACGACAGAGAGGCGCUGGCGGAGCAAGUCCUACUUUCAAGAUCAAUUCGGAGCAGGCCGUGGCCCAAGCUCAGCUUGCACAGACUAAAGGAGUUGUAGCUGGUCAAGCAAGCAAUGAGAAGAUCGUCCCGAUGACUGCUGAGAUUGGAGGAUUCGCAAUCCAAUUCAAAGUUUCUGGUGAUCCUUCUGAUCUCCAACCAGCGGCCAAAAACGGAGCGGUCAUCCGGGCCACCGAGACAACAGCCGGCGAUGCCGCGGCAGGAAAAGGAAUCAAUCUUCUGCUUCAUGGAGACGGAGGUCAAUCCUUUUUCGACUUCCCAAACAAGGGCGAUCAAGUCGGAUUACUGGGGGUCGUCGCUCUGGCUCCCAAUGAUAAAAUGUUUUGGGGCGGGGGUGGUGGAAACCAGCGCACCGAUGGAGUAUUACAUUCAAAAUUGCUAGAUGCGUUAAUCACAAAUGUACUCCCUCAGGUAAUCAAAAUGGAUUCAUCCAAAGUAUUUUUCAUGGGAAUUAGUGGAGGAAGUUUUCUUUUGGCAGGAUUUUUCUUACCAGCUUUUGCGGAAAAAUACCAAAGUGGAGCGAUCCUUGGAUGUGGAGCUCUUCCACCACAAGUGCAACCAUCAGCAAAUUUCGGAAAAACACUAGAAACGAUGCGGAUACAUUUCCAAACUUCUGCUCAAGAACAGGAUGGCAUUCAAGUCACGAUUCCUCAAGCAAUCGUAUCUUAUCUCAAAGCCGCUACAGAUGCCCAAGUUGACAAGAAGGCGCUAGCGAAGAAACUUACUGCUGAUGCAACUCCCAAAGGAACCCAUUGCGUUUUCGAUGGAAAACAGUUUGUUAGCGGAAUCCAACUGUUGACUGAUAAUUAUUCUAGAGUAAUUUUUGGAGAUGGGGAUAUAAAAGGCAUCGGAAAGGUUUCUACAAGUGCAGCGGACAACAACCAGAAAUUUGCGAGUGGUGUUCCGGUAGCCAAACUGAGGAAUAAUGCAGCUGGGGGUGUUCCACAAGGCUCUCAGCUGAGAACUGCAGCAAAGGGUUUUCCACAAGGGACUCAACUGAGAAGUGCAGCAGGUGUUUUUCCACAAUCACCUCAACUGAGAAAUGCAGCUGUUUUCAAAUGAUUGAAGAUGAUGGAAGAGAUUCUCAUUGUACUAAAACCCACCAAAACCCAAAAUGAAAAAAAAAAACUGGGAGUGUUGAUGAUUGUUUGUUCAGAAAAAACCAUGAGAAUGCAAACAAAUUCAUCUUGUUUUGAGUCCUGCCCCCAAGCUGUAAUCAUGCAAAUCAACAAGAACCUUCUUGGCUUCCCAAUGAGUCAUUGGCUGUCAAGAAUUUUGGGUA